AUGCUGCUCUUCUUUUUAGUGUCUGCUAUCGUAAUCCGAGACAACCCUCUAUUAGAGGAAAUCGUCUUUGGCAAUGGAACUCCAUCAAGCAGAUUUGUGCCUCCUAUCAUGGUCCGUGGAAAUAGAAAACUUUCUGCAGAAAGCAUCGCCAACCUCAAUAGAAUCAAAAGUGGAGUUCAUUCUAAACGUACUGCCAUACAAGCUUUCGGAGAGUGCACCGCUCCAAAACCAUUGACGAGCUUGGAUGACCUCGUCGGAUGUGAAUCUGUUUUCGGAGACAUUGUCUUGAGAGGCAACACACUGCUGCCACCUAAUAAGCCACUGAAACCGUUCAAUCUCACAGGAUGCGUAUUAGUGAAAAAUUCCAAAGUGGAGAACAUUGACUUUCUUCGUAACAUGAAGGCUCAUAUAAUUCCACCAUGGGUCUGUAAGAAUGAGAAGGUUUGUAUGGGAGGAACUGUAACACCAGACUAUAUCUCAUCAACGAUCGCUGGCUAUCAGUGUGCUGUCAUCAAGGAUAACGUCAUCAUAGAAAACUGGAAAGACAACACUACUGCACUGCAACAUCUAAAGUCAAUUAGAAAAAUGAUCGGUAUAUUACAUGUGCUGAACAACCCGGAUCUCGUAAAGUUGGAUUUUCUUGCUAAUUUACAAGAAAUCGAUGCGGGUACGAAGGAAAAACGUGCUGCAGUGCAUAUCAGUAACAAUUCAGCACUGCGUGAGCUGCAGUUGGUUUCAUUACGUAGUGUGAAGUCCAAUGCAUCUAAAACAAUUGUCGUUGAGAACAAUCCACUGUUACGCGCUGAUGUUAACACAUGAAUCUGGAUUCACGCCGCCGACACUCUGCUGGUGUACUCAGAAGCUGGAUUCACAUUGUCCGCACUCUACGCACUCUACUGGUGUACUCACAACUGGAUUCACGUUGCAAAUACUCUACUGGUGUAA